AUGGCCACCAAGGAGAAACUGCAGUGUUUGAAAGACUUUCACAAAGACAUCUUGAAACCAUCCCCGGGGAAGAGCCCAGGCACGCGGCCUGAAGAUGAGGCAGAGGGGAAGCCCCCUCAGAGGGAGAAGUGGUCCAGCAAGAUCGACUUUGUGCUCUCUGUGGCUGGUGGCUUCGUUGGCUUGGGCAACGUCUGGCGUUUCCCGUACCUCUGCUACAAAAAUGGUGGAGGUGCGUUUCUCAUACCAUAUUUUAUUUUCCUGUUUGGCGGCGGCCUGCCUGUGUUUUUCCUGGAGGUAAUCAUAGGCCAGUACACCUCUGAAGGGGGCAUCACCUGCUGGGAAAAGAUCUGCCCCUUGUUCUCCGGCAUCGGCUAUGCCUCCAUCGUGAUCGUGUCCCUCCUGAAUAUAUACUACGUCAUCAUCCUGGCCUGGGCCACAUACUAUCUGUUCCAGUCCUUCCAGUCGGAGCUGCCCUGGGCACACUGUAACCACAGCUGGAACACGCCACAGUGCAUGGAAGACACUAUGCGCAAGAACAAGAGCCUGUGGGCCACCCUCAACACCAACAACUUCACCUCGCCCGUCACCGAGUUCUGGGAGCGCAAUGUGCUGAGCUUGUCCUCUGGAAUCGACGACCCCGGCUCCUUGAAGUGGGACCUUGCUCUCUGCCUUCUCCUCGUCUGGCUGGUCUGUUUCUUCUGCAUCUGGAAGGGCGUCAAGUCCACGGGAAAAGUUGUCUACUUCACGGCCACCUUCCCCUUCGCCAUGCUCCUGGUGCUGCUGGUCCGUGGACUGACACUGCCCGGUGCAGGCGCAGGCAUCAAGUUUUAUCUGUACCCCGACAUCAGCCGCCUGGAGGACCCACAGGUAUGGAUUGAUGCCGGGACCCAGAUAUUCUUCUCCUACGCCAUCUGCCUGGGGGCCAUGACCUCUCUGGGGAGCUACAACAAGUACAAGUACAACUCGUACAGGGACUGUAUGCUGCUGGGAUGCCUGAACAGUGGUACCAGUUUUGUGUCUGGCUUCGCAAUUUUUUCCAUCCUGGGCUUCAUGGCACAAGAGCAAGGGGUGGACAUUGCUGAUGUGGCUGAGUCAGGUCCUGGCCUGGCCUUCAUUGCCUACCCAAAAGCUGUGACAAUGAUGCCGCUGCCCACGUUUUGGUCCAUUCUCUUUUUUAUUAUGCUUCUCUUGCUUGGACUGGAUAGCCAGUUUGUUGAAGUCGAAGGACAGAUCACGUCCUUGGUCGAUCUUUACCCAUCCUUCCUAAGGAAGGGUUUCCGUCGGGAAAUCUUCAUCGCCUUCAUAUGUAGCAUCAGCUACUUGCUGGGGCUGGCGAUGGUGACGGAGGGUGGCAUGUAUGUGUUUCAACUCUUUGACUACUAUGCAGCUAGCGGUGUAUGCCUUUUGUGGGUUGCAUUCUUUGAAUGUUUUGUUAUUGCCUGGAUAUAUGGCAGCGAUAACCUUUAUGACGGUAUUGAGGACAUGAUUGGCUACCGGCCUGGGCCCUGGAUGAAGUACAGCUGGGCCGUGGUCACUCCAGUUCUCUGUGUUGGAUGUUUUAUCUUCUCUCUCGUCAAGUACGUACCCCUGACCUACAACAAAGUCUACGUGUACCCCACCUGGGCCAUCGGGCUGGGCUGGAGCCUGGCCCUGUCCUCCAUGAUGUGCGUCCCCUUGGUCAUGGUCAUCCGCCUCUGCCAGACGGAAGGGCCGUUCCUUGUGAGACUCAAGUACCUGCUGACCCCGAGGGAACCCAACCGCUGGGCCGUGGAGCGCGAGGGAGCUACGCCCUACAGCUCCCGCCUGGCCGUGAACGGCGCUCUCAUGAAACCGACCCACAUCAUAGUAGAGACCAUGAUGUGA